AUGCUCCGGGUGUCGCUAUCCUGUCUGCUGACUGCACGUUCUGCAGCUCGUCUGUGUGUGCAUCGGCGGCCAUUGUCAUCGGCAAUUCGUGUGGUGCGUGGCGUCGAUACUUCUACUGGGCACCACCAACUGGGGCGCACAGUUGGGGGUGCCGCAACUCCCAUGUGGACGUCCCAGCGUCUUCUUUUAGUUGAGACGAGUGAGACGCCAAAUCCCGAUUGUUUGCGUUUUUACUCGAUGGAUUUGUCCUUCCUUCAACCCGGUUUCUCAAUGGACUUUCCAAACGCCGGGCAUGCGUACAAGUCGCCUCUGGCGGAGAUAUUGUUCAGCAUCGAUGGGGUAGAAGCUGUGUACCUCGCCGAUGAAUAUGUCACAAUACGGAAGGCUUCCCUCGUGGAUUGGGAAGAGAUUCUGCUGCCGAUAAAGGAGAGUAUCACCCAGUUUUCGGAGAGCAAUGCGAAAAUUCUCUCAGAAGACGGGGAAAAUCUUAUUGCUGGACACAAUGACGACACAGAGCCAAGGGAUGAUGAUGACGAAGUAAUUCUAGCUGUCAAGGAGUUGCUUGCCACACGCAUACGGCCUAUGCUGCAGGCGGAUGGUGGGAAUGUGCGCUAUGUGGACAUGGAUGAUGGUACUGUUUUUGUGUUGCUGGAGGGCGCGUGUAAAUCAUGCCCGUCAGCAGGCGUGACGCUUAAAAAGCGGUAUUGA